AUGGACCAGCGUAAUACCCCGUAUGGUAUGCCUGUUGGUCGUGGAGGAAUGGCAGGUAGUAUCUCCCAGCAGCAUCAGCAUCAACAUAUGCUGCAACCAGGAAUGCAGCAGCAUUACAAUUUGCAGGAUAUGAUGUUUGAUCCUUUGCCCAUGAGCAAUAGCAUGUACCACCAGCCAUCAAUUAUGAGCGGCCUUAUGAUGCACCAGCAACACCCCGGGACACGUGAGGGAGGUAUGCAGAUCCAAGGUGGACUGAUGUCUCAUCAUGGGAUGGUGGCGCCCGUGGACGACCUGGAUGACCUCAUGAGCGCGCUGGGGGAUUCUGUCGGCAUGAGUGCACAGCAGCAACAACACCUCGGUCCAAUGCCUAGCCACGUCUACGAUCAGCAGCAUAUUAUGCCAUCACAUUCGCAAGCAGCACCCAAUAUAUUGCCAGGAAGGACACAAGGACUGUCCAUGACGAAUCAAGGGCCGCCCAUGCAGCAAGGUGGUAUGUCUGGCUCUAUGCACCUGAAUCAGAUGCCACCCAAUGGGAUCAGAGUUGGUGGCCGCCUCGGUCCAGGUAUUCACCAGCAACCUAAUAUGGGUGUGCCGACGGUGCCAUCUAACCUCGGUGGUCUCGGUAUUACUAUUCCAGCACCCAUUUCUGCUGCACCUCGACAGAAUGCUGUUGCACCAAGUGCUAUUGUUCCCACUUCGACGACUUCCAAGUCAUCUAGCAGCUCGCGUGCGAUGGCGACAUUGAGCAAUAAUGGUGGUAGUAGCGAAGAGGACGAUUUGGGCGAAGAUGAUGCUCAGAAAAAGAAAGAGCGUCGUCGACAGCAGGUUCGUUAUGCUUCGCGUCGCCGUCGCAAAAAACAGAAGGACGAGGAGAGUUUCUUGCGCGAUCGUAUUGCCGAGUUAAAGGAACAGAUCCGUAUCAUCGGUGGUGAUCUGACGGAGCAGUGCUCUCAGAUGGCUGGCAUGAGCGAGCAGGCAUUGGCGGAGGCGUACGAGAAGCAGAUGGCGACAGUGCAGACUUUGCGCAAGGACAACAACAAGCUGAAAGAGCAGCUUUUACAACACGAGAACUUUGCUCGCAUGAUUCAGUACGGUCUGAACGCGCUACCAAGUGAUUGUCGUGACGUGGAUCGCAAGAAGAUUGCUGGUGUCCCUAUGUGGAUCAGCGACCAGAUGAAUCCUCUGAAGGGUUCGACGUUGGUGGUGGAUCUGAAUUUGUGUCACGAGGCUGUGCGUCACGCGUACAAUGAGCUCAAGACAUUUGGUCCGUCUGUGAACUCGAAGACAAAUGUGUGCUAUGCGAUGGGGUGGAAGACGGAGUUGUGGGCCGCAAGCACGUGCCUGAAUUUCCGGGCAGUUCGUUCGAUCAGCGACAAGAAUAUUCGUGAAGUAGCCAAUGCGUCAUGGGAUAUCAUCACGUCUCCGGACAAAUGCAAGCGCAUUUACCCGGACGUGAAACAGUUUCGUAUUUUGCAGAAGGUGACUGAUGAUAUCGUGGUAGUGCAUCGUAUCGCCUCAGUUGCAUCUGACAUGUCCGAUCGAGAGUUCAUUUCUGUGGCGUUCCGAUUACGUGAUGGUGAUGACUAUUACAUUGGACUGAAAUCCAUUACAGUCCAGACCGAGGCUGCUGAGAACUGUACUCGUGGUGAAGAAUGCCAAGGAUGGAUGUUUAUUGGUGCGGAGAACGAGACGUCGCCCUGGAAAGCACACUUUUUGGGUUACUAUGAUGUGAAGGGUGAGAAGGAUGACAAGGUGCUGAACCAGUUGGCGAAUGAAGCGAUGUUUGGUAUGCUGCGAUGGGAAAGUGAGGCGAUGCAUCCGUUAGAUGUGUAA